AUGGACCCACCACAACAACUCAAGGCCGUUACCCUCACACACGUCCGUUACCAUCGCGGCGAUCACCUCGGCCAUUUCCUCGCCUGGAUCUCCCUCGUCCCCGUCUUCAUCAGCCUCGCCGGAUUCGUCUCUCAUUUCCUCUUCCGCCGUGAGCUCCAAGUUAUCUUCUUCGGCAUCGGCCUCGUGAUCUCUCAGCUCAUCAACGAAUUCAUCAAAACCACCGUCGAACAGGCUCGUCCCGAGACAUGCACUUUGCUCGAGGCGUGCGACUCGCACGGGUGGCCUUCGAGCCACUCGCAGUUCGUGUUCUUCUUCGCGACGUACUUUAGCUUGAUGGGGUGUAAAGGGAUCGGGUUCUGGUUUGGGUUGAGGAGGAGAGGGGUUUUGAAUCUGUUGCAUUGGUCGUUAGCUGUUGUGACUAUGUAUUCUAGGGUUUACUUAGGGUAUCAUACGGUGGCGCAGGUUUUCGCGGGGGCUGUGUUAGGGGUGGUUGUUGGUGGGAGUUGGUUUUGGGUUGUGAAUAGUGUGUUGUUUCCGUAUUUUUCGGUGAUUGAGGAGAGUGAGUUGGGGAGGUGGAUGUGUGUUAAGGAUACUUCUCAUAUUCCUGAUGUGUUGAAGUUUGAGUAUGACAAUGCAAGAGCUGCUAGGAAGAAUAAUAUUAAGUCAGAUUGAUUUGGUAAUUAAGUAUGAGCUUUAUUGAGAUGGAUCUGAUUUAGCAGCUUGUAGAAUAAAUAAGCAUGUGGGAAACAGCUUUAGCUUUUGAUGGUAGUGGUGCGUGUGUGAUUCUUCAUUUACUCCUAAACUAAUUUUAGAUUUUGUAAUGCAAAUUAGGUAAUGUUCUUGGUGUAUAAUGGCGUUUCUGAAAGUUUUUGUUGCUCGUGGC